AUGCGACGCGCAUUUUGGCUUAGCCUCCUAGGAGCAUGCUCUACCAUACCCCAGGUUCAAGCUGAAACAUGUUGGCGAAAUACCACUUGCUCCGGUCCCACGACAGCCGCUUUCAGUGGAGUGUGGGAUAAAAACAUAUACGCGCCAUCGUCCCGAACAGUCAAGCCUGUGUCCACCCUUUCCGAUUUGAAGAAUGACGCUACAACUAAUAGCGCCCACCCCGCGACGGCAACUCUUCAUGGCAAUGGCUCCCUCGUGGUAUUCGACUUCGGCCUAGAAGUAGGUGGCAUCAUGCACAUUGACUACACCGCUACCGGCAGUGGCGCUCUGGGAAUCGCCUUCUCAGAAGCGAAGAACUGGAUCGGGGAAUGGUCCGAUAGUUCCAACGCUCUGUAUCAUGAUGGUGCUUUAUACGACAAUUUCACAUCUGGCUCUCAGUCCUAUGUCAUGCCCGACCCCAAGCUCCGGGGUGGAUUUCGGUACUUGACUCUCUUCUUGAUUACGGAUGAUGCUGCAACGGUUAAGAUUGAGGAUAUGCAUGUUGAGUUGGCAUUCCAUCCGACAUGGUCGAAUCUGCGGGCAUAUCAGGGAUACUUCCACUGCAGUGAUGAGCUUCUCAAUCGUAUUUGGUACAGUGGUGCCUAUACGCUGCAGACAAAUCAGGUCCCCGUUGAUACUGGACGAAUUACCUCUGGUCUCAAGUCUGGAUGGCUAAACAAUGGCACUUUGGGAUCGGGAGACACGAUAAUUGUUGAUGGGGCCAAGCGCGAUCGCGCAGUGUGGCCUGGUGAUAUGGGUAUUGCUGUUCCAUCAACGCUUGUCAGCCUGGGCGAUUUGGAUAGUGUUAUGAACGCAUUGCAGAUUAUGUAUGAUACUCAGGACAAGACAACAGGCGCGUUUGAUGAGUCAGGGCCACCUCUCAGCCAAACUGGGUCAGACACUUAUCAUAUGUGGUCAAUGAUUGGUACCUACAAUUAUGUUUUGUACACAAACGAUACGGAGUUUUUGCUGAAGAACUGGGAUGGGUAUCUUCUUGCCAUGGAUUUCAUUUAUGGGAAAGUGACCUAUGCCAGUGGACUCCUGGAUGUGACUGGUAUCCGUGACUGGGCUCGUUGGCAGCAAGGGUACAAUAACACAGAAGCACAGAUGAUUCUCUACCAUACUCUAAACACUGGUGCAUCUCUCGCUUCGUGGGCCGGAGACACAACAGGCCUCGCCAGCACCUGGGUUUCCCGAGCAGAGAAAUUGAAAGAAGCCAUCAACACCUACUGCUGGGAUGAGUCGUACGGAGCAUUCAGAGACAACGCGACUGACACUACCUUGCAUCCCCAAGACGCGAAUAGCAUGGCUAUUCUGUUCGGCGUUGUUGACUCCGACCAGGCCCAACGUAUCUCUGACAACCUGGUCAAGAAUUGGACACCAAUUGGAGCUGAGUCUCCAGAGCUACCAGAAAAUAUCGUUUCUUUCAUAUCAUCCUUCGAGAUCCAAAGUCAUUUCCUUGUUCAGAAUCCGUCCAGGGCAUUAGACCUCAUUCGCCGGAGCUGGGGCUGGUAUAUCAACAAUGAGAAUGGAACAGAGUCUACCGUCAUCGAGGGAUACCUUGUUAAUGGGACAUUUGGAUACCGAAGCAGUCGUGGGUAUGGUUAUGAUGCUUCUUACGUCUCCCACGCUCAUGGCUGGUCCUCUGGCCCAACAUCCGCACUAACCAACUACGUUGUUGGCCUCUCUGUCACCUCCCAGUUGGGAUUGACGUGGGAUAUUUCGCCACAAUUCGGAGAUCUUGAGUACGCCGAGGCGGGCUUUGUGACGUCUCUUGGGAAGUUCCAAGCAGGUUGGACGAAGAAGUCUGGUGGGUAUGCAUUGGAUUUCACAGUUCCGAAGGGGACAACUGGGAAUGUCACACUUCCGUAUGUUACAUCAUCGAAGAAGCCUUCGAUCAUCCUCGAUGGUGCCUUAGUGAAGAAGGGCGUGGUGUAUGCGGAUAGCAAAGCGACAUUUGCAGUUGGAGGUGGCUCUCACAAGAUUGUCGUGACGUAA